AUGUCAAGCUUCAUCCGGCGGUCGACGGGCCUCGCGCGCAUCACCAAAUCCUCCCUCAAUGCAUACGCCCGGUCAGGCCUGAGGGCCACUCGCUUCUCUCAGAGCUCGCCCGCCGUGUGGGCUGCGCGCCACCAGCAGCUGCGCUACUACUCCAGCGACCAGAACGACCCGAAGAAGCCGUCCGACAAGCCGGAGCAGAAGAACGCCUCGUCGCCCGGCCCAACCGAGGGUAAGGCCCCCGAGCCGUCCGGAGGCGACGGCGCGCAGCCGAAUGAGCGCCCGCCGCUACCUGAGGGCUGGGUGUACCUGUCCGAAUCAGAGCACGCAGAACUCAGGAAGGUAGCAGUCGACAGUUCCAAAUGGCUACCAAAAUAUGGCGACGGAAAGGAUGCCAAAGAUCUCAUGGAUGACAUCAAGGAGACUGGCGUGCCCAAGGAACUGCGUGAUCUUCUGCGCAAGAAGUUGGACGGCUCGUUCAGCCUCAGGGACGCCGGCACAUUCCUCAAAUCUAUCAACUCGCUCUCGAAUCAACUGGCCCAGAGAAUGGUGGAGAAGAACCAUCCCGAGUUCUUCAAGGACAAAUCGCCCGACCAGAAGCAAGGAAAACAGUCGCAAGAUGAGAACAAGUCAACAGCUGACGGCAAGAAGGCUCGCCCGAACCAGCCGCCAGAGAAUCCUCUCAAAGGCAACGACUGGAUCACCACCAUCAUUGGUUCUCUGGUAGCCUACUACCUAUACAACUCAAUGUUCUCUGGAGACAGCCGGGAAAUCACAUGGCAGGAGUUGCGCAAGAACUUCCUUGCCAAGGGCUUGGUAGAGCGGCUCGUCGUCACUGGAAACCAGGUCAGGGUGGACCUGAACCAGGAGGCCACCAGGUCCAUGUAUCCCGACUCCGCUGCAGCUCGCCCAGGUUUCAACUACUACUUCUCCAUUGGUUCCAUCGAUGCCUUCGAGCGUCACCUCGACGAAGCUCAGCAGGAACUUGGUAUCCCCCCUACCGAGAGGAUACCUGUAAGCUACCAGGGCGCCAGCCAGAUGGCCAACCUCCUCACCGCCUUUGGCCCAACUCUUCUCAUCGUUGGAUUGAUCUACUGGGCGUCUCGUCGUGGACCCGGAGGCGGUGGUGCCGGCGGCAUGUUCGGGUUCGGUAAGAGCAAGGCCAAACGUUUCAACCACGAGUCAGCUGUCAAGGUCAAGUUUUCCGACGUUGCUGGUAUGGACGAGGCCAAGCAGGAGAUCAUGGAGUUCGUCAGCUUCUUGCAGAAGCCUGAGAGAUUCCAGAGACUUGGAGCCAAGAUCCCCCGAGGUGCGAUCUUGUCAGGCCCGCCGGGUACCGGUAAGACUCUUCUCGCAAAGGCAACGGCCGGCGAAUCAGGUGUCCCCUUUUUCAGCGUCAGUGGUUCAGAGUUCGUGGAAAUGUUCGUUGGUGUUGGUGCUUCCAGAGUUCGUGAUCUGUUCGCAAAUGCGAGAAAGAACACGCCUUGUAUCAUCUUCAUCGAUGAGAUUGACGCUAUCGGCCGAUCACGUUCCGAGGGCAGUGGCAGGUUCAGCGGCGGUAAUGAUGAGCGCGAAGCAACUCUUAACCAGAUCCUGACAGAGAUGGACGGUUUCAACACGACGGAGCAGAUUGUUGUGCUUGCCGGUACCAACAGACCGGAUGUCCUGGACAAGGCCUUGAUGCGGCCUGGGCGUUUCGAUAGACACAUCAACAUUGACAGGCCUACCAUGAAGGGUAGACAGGAUAUCUUCAAGGUAUACUUGAAGAAGGUCGUGACAAACGAAGAGAUCGAGCACUUGAGCGGAAGACUAUCAGCUUUGACGCCCGGUUUCGCAGGCGCCGAUAUCGCGAAUUGUGUCAACGAAGCCGCCCUUGUUGCCGCACGAUCAAACGCUACGUCUAUCACCAUGAAGCACUUUGAGCAAGCCAUCGAGCGUGUUAUCGGAGGUCUCGAGCGCAAGUCUCUUGUAUUGAGCCCCGAGGAGAAGAGAACAGUCGCGUAUCACGAGGCUGGACACGCCAUCUGCGGUUGGUUCUUCAGAUGGGCAGACCCCCUUCUUAAAGUCUCUAUCAUUCCGCGUGGGCAAGGAGCCUUGGGCUACGCCCAGUACUUACCAGGCGACGUUUAUCUCAUGACUGAGAGACAGCUUCUGGACCGUAUGGCCAUGACGCUUGGCGGACGCAUCUCGGAAGAGCUCCACUUCCCUACCGUUACGACUGGAGCCAGUGAUGACUUCAAGAAAGUUACACAGAUGGCCACCGCCAUGGUCACGCAGUGGGGCAUGUCAGACAAGCUCGGUCCUCUCCACUUCAAGAACGACGAAAACCAAAUCGUCAAGCCAUUCGCCGAGUCCACCGCUCAGACCAUUGAUGCAGAGGUUCGCCGCAUCAUAGACGAAGCGUACAAGCAGUGCAAGGAUCUGUUGAUUGAGAAGAAGAAGGAAGUUGGGAUCGUUGCCGAGGAACUGCUGAGCAAGGAGGUGCUCACCCGAGAUGACAUGGUCCGACUUCUUGGCAAGAGGCCGUUCGAUGACCGUGAGGAGUUCAACAAGUACUUUGGUGUCGACGUCGACAAGCCCAAGCCAGGCCAGGAGAGUGUGCCGCCCUCACCACCCAACGAUGGUUUAGACCAGCCGCCUAUCCCGCCGCAGCCCGCGAUUUUCGAGCAGGUCAAGGGGGACCAGUUCAGGUGA